AUGGUCACUUCACAGUUUGAAGCCGCAUUGGCGUCGGAGGGCGCCACUGGCAGCGCCGAGGCGCAGCUGGCGUUCCAGGAGGCGUUCGCUCUGGCGGAGAGCGUGGCAGCCAAGCUGCAGCUGGUGCACAAGACGUUUGCACCGGGCACACCCGACUUCUGGUUCUAUUCGUCGCUAUGUAAACUGCUUGAUGUGCAGACGCUCAUGGAGACGGAGAAGCACGAGGCGGCGUGGCAAGUGCUGGGAGAGAACAAGACGCAGCUAGAGACGGUGGAGCGAGAGCUCACAGGAAGGAGCUGCUGGCGACGUUCCCAGCGAAUCCAUAGACGGCGACUGUUAUUGGAGCUGGAUCUAUUGUACAAGCUUAAGAGACCACAAGAGGAAAUCAAGAAUGUGACACAACAGCUCACGACGUCGCUGCAGGUGAACUAUCAAGACCCCGAGCCAACAGGAGGGACGGCGGAGAUCAGAAAGGAGACGCACCCCUCCGAGAAAGAUUCCUCGUUGAAGGGACUUCUGCACGGUUUGGACGUCUAUGGACGCGAGAAAACUUUCCAGAAGAUCCUCACAUGGAACGGAUCGGUGGAGGAACACUGGAAGAUGCUGGAAGUGUUCUUGGACGACUACCCGUUCGAAUACGCGGAUAUCCCAGGAUAUGUGGACGUUAUUGUCAGGGACGUUAAGCGUAAGAGGGACAAGGACCCUGUAAAGGGAUACAGCUUCAAUUUCCGAGCAGCACAUGGAGCAUUGUCCUUCUCGCAACUGUUGGAGUGUGCGCGACAAGACCCCGAGCUCUUUCGUAGCAACAGCGAGUUUGCUGUUCGUGGAAUGCAACUGCUUCGAGCUGCGGCGGAGGUAGACAGUGAGCAGUGUUCUGAUCUCCGCAGUGAAGCGCAGAAUGAGAAGGAGCUGCAGCAUCUUGCGACGUAUGUGGAAUUCCUGCGCGAUUUCGCACCUUCGUCAGUGGGUAAUAUCCAAGUGAUGGUGUUGUACCGGAAACUGCAGCUUUUGAACGCGAUCUGCUGCUCAAACGCAAACGCAGUCCCGGAGCUGCUGAACUGUCUGGUGGAAUAUGUAAAGAUCGCUGGUGGGCGCGUCUUGAACACAUUUAGCUACGUUGGAUCGUGUGGAUUCAACGCGGUGUAUCAAGCCAACCACAACGAAAUCAUUCGCAAGAGUUUGACAACACUGUGGUCCUCUGGAAUUGAUGAGAAAACUACGUACAACACGCGCUGA